AUGGCGUCGAGUGCUUCCGAGGGUCAGCGACGGGGCAGUGCCGAGUUUGUGGAGAGCUCAAUUCUUGAGGUGAUUGUCCCGUCGGAUCCUACCAUCAAUCUAGACGCAGAAAUAGGGGCAUGGGACGGGAAGCUUGAAGAUGAGGGCAGCGCUAUAUUACCAUUUGUCUCCCAGCGACAGUUUUUGCUGUUUGUACCUCUCCUUGUAGUCCUUCGGACACCUCAGAUUGACCAGAGUACGCUAAGAGCUUAUAUCUCACGCCUGGCGAUCAGCCUGGAAGCUUUUGUUUUCAGUACUGCUCCACCGCCGGUACCAGAAGCCAGAGUGCCGCCACCUAAGGAGCCCAUCUAUUCAGAGACCAUCAAAGAGAGCAGCGAACCGCGUGUCAUCGGCCAUGAAGGGGAGAGUCACCACGCUUAUGUAGUAUGGAGAUUAGAAGUUUUCAUAAGUCGACCAAGAGCGAGACACCAUAAGCCUACCGUCUAUUUUCAACCUACAGCCUCCCUGAAACCUGCUCCGAAAAGCAAGCCCGUUGACGAUGACUAUCUUCCAAGCGGUGUGCCAACACCAAUGAACCUCCUCCAAUCGUUUGACAAUGACCCAGCUCUUGCCGGAGUCCAUCCACGCUUGUCUGCGAUGCGAAUCAGCAAGGUUGUGCCUACUACUCCAUUAGCCAAAGAGCUCGUCCGCCCAAUCCGAACCGGUCAGAGACGACUGUUCAGGGCAUUAUCAGCUUUGAUCUGGCGUGUAAGGUACUCAAGAAUGCGCGCAUCCAUGAGGGAUGCGUCCAUCAUUGCAUCACUGGAUUUGGAGGUUGCGCACAUCCCUGGUUGUCGUCUCACUGUCGAUGCCGUUGAGUUGGCACUUGGAAACGGCCAGGUUCAACCUAUGGCGGAGUAUGAGUUCGGCACAUGUGUCCAAGUACCCGGAGAUCAGGUAACCUAUGUCUACAAGCUGACACCAGAUCUCACCACAGAGCGAAAUUCAACCCAGCCCGCCAAUGCGCAUGUCCUGUCGCUCAGGAUGAAAGCGAGAGUUAUGCUUGCCAAUGGGCCCCAUCCAGAUAUCGACGUUCACUGGAAGACGGCGGUAGACUUCGCCGCGGAGCACGAUGCCGACCUCGUGAAGGCAGCUCAAAGGCUGAGCAACCCGAAUCUUCCACAACACAAAGCGCCCAACCCAGAUGCUUUACCCCAAGAUAGCGCAAGUCAACAAGGAGACGGGCGUGCAGACAAGGCGAUCAAUGUGGUCCUUACAAUCACCGGGCCAUGGUCAGUCAAGGUUGGAGACAUGUUCAACUGGGAUGUCUUCGUUGUCAAUCGUUCGGAAAAGACGCGGAAGUUGGCUGUGCUCGUCCUUCCCAAGCGGAAGAGGGACUACGAGAAGCAUAUAUCACAUCCCUCUGUCUCCUCGGUGGGAGGCCAAGGCGUGGAGAGGACAGAUGUCAUGGCAAAUGCGGUGGUGGACGAGAACAUCAUCUAUGCCAAACAGAAGCAUGCCAAAAUGGACACGGCAGAUCUGCUUUGCUUGACGACAGAUGUGCGGAUAGGGCACCUGGCCCCUGGAGCAUGCUACACAGCGCAGUUGAAGUUCGUUGCCCUAUCGGAGGGAGUGUUGGGCGUGGAGGCUGUCCGAGUGGUUGACCUCUCGACGCAGGAGGCAGCCGAUAUACGGGAUCUUCCGACAUAUAGGGGGGAACUGUCACAUCAGAGCCGGAGGAUGGGCAAUCGAAUAUGGCACUGGUUGGUGGCGCUUGCGAUCUACGCAAGACACAACAAGAGGCCGAGAAUGCUGGCUCUGGAUAGAAUAGUCAAGCGUGGCCAGUCAGUGAUGUCCUGUUCGAUCUCUCUUGAAAAUACGCGACGACGCCUCCUCUACCAACUAAACCGCCGCUGGAUUUAUGGCAAAAUCCCUCUCCUUCACGCUGCCGUGUUCCUCCUCCAAAUGGCCGCCGUAUCUCUCUUGACGAGGAAAUUCAACUCCUACUAUGCCCAGAGACCAGUACUCACUACUAUGAUAACUAAUGCCAUACUUGGAGGCAUAGCAGAUACAGUAGCACAAUCGUUGACAGCAAUCCGGCAACGGGCUGCACGCAAAUCUGCCGGCGUCGACAAGGACGGUUUCGUUGCCAUCGAGAUUGAUGACCUGCAUAAGAGGCCCGCAGGCCCAACGGGCGGCGUGAUACCAGAUUCGAAGCUACUGCCGCCGCCGUUCGACUUCGAACGCUUGACGAGAUUCAUGGCAUACGGCUUUUUGAUGGCUCCUGUCCAACACAAGUGGUUUAGCUUCCUAUCGAGGACGUUUCCUGUCAGCAAGACAGCCGCAUUUGUUCCUGCAUUGAAACGGGUGGCUUUUGAUCAAUUCCUGUUCGCCCCGUUUGGUCUCGCAUGCUUCUUCACGUUCAUGACGGUAGCCGAAGGCGGAGGGAAGCGUGCUGUUCAGCGCAAGUUCCAGGACGUCUACGUGCCGUCGCUCAAGGCAAAUUACAUGGUGUGGCCUGCGGUCCAGAUCAUCAACUUCCGAAUCAUGCCCAUCCAGUUUCAGAUUCCGUUUGUGUCUACCGUCGGUAUUGCAUGGACAGCAUACCUCUCCUUGACCAACGCCGCCGAAGACGAGUCAAUGUAG